UGUCCCGACUUCACCCUACGCGUCUGGUCUUGGACAAACCAAGCCUCAAAGUCACAAUGUCACUGUUGACCAACAAUUCAAACAGUGCUCAAGUCAGCCAAGGCAUGCAACAUGGCUCUCGAACUGCUUGGAAGUGUUAUACCAAGCCAUACGUGCAGUGCGAAGUGUCGGAGAUGCAUGGCGGGGUAUGGCACGUUUUGCUGCGGUCGGCUUGGCGGCUGUCCGAUGGGCUUGGUAUGCGGCUCUCCACACCUUGGCAGGGCGGAGCGAGAGAUUGGGGUCAGGCAUUCUAGAACUCAAAAGUCCUUUGUUGGCAAGACCAGUCUGUGCUUCAUGCUUUCAUGCUUUCUUGCUUUCGUCCAGCCACCAAUAUGAUACUGAUGGCUUGCUUGGCUGUUUGGUUCUCCGCCUGAUUUUGCACAUCCGAUCUCGGUGAAGUCGGGUUUUCUAGGAAAGC